GGCACAGUUAGCCAGAAGCCGACUACCAACCCAACACUCACCAUGUACAAGCUGGUUGUCCUCGCCGCCGUGCUGGCCGUCGCCGCCGCCGCCCCCGGCUUCCUGGGUGCACCUGCUGUCGCUUACACCGCCCCCGCUGUGGCCGCCGCCCCAGUGGCCUACGCCGCCCCUGCUGUCGUCAAGGCCGCUGUCGCCGCCCCCGCUGUGGCCUACGCCGCCCCCGCUGUAGCCUACGCCGCCCCCGCCUACCACGCCCCUGUAGCCUAUGCCGCAGCUCCUGCUGUUGUCAAGACGCACUACUUCUGAGAAGACAACCAUGACCACCUGUUUUAUUUAUCUGCAAUGUAGAUAAUAUCAAGCUUGCAGGACGUAAAUAAAUUCAGUUUCUCAGCUGAAA